AUGGCUGAGGCGACAUUCGAAUCAGAGGCACAAUGGCUGGCUCAAAUGGCUGCCAUGAGAAACGCCAUCGCAGACUUGAAAUUGCCAUCUGUGGAUGAUGCUUCCCAAAUGUAUGGCUCUGACUUGGACUUGGACGAUGAGUCAAGUGAAGGUCUCGAAGAUGAUAUCUGGGAUGUCGAAAGUGAUCUUGAUGAGAGUCCCACUAGUGACGACUUUUAUCACGCUGCUGAUGGCUUCAGAACACCCGAUGUGGUCCACGAGGGUGUUUUUAAUCGAACAUGGCUAAAACAAAAGUCCUCUUCUUUUGCAGCCACGAGAUCUGGUAUGGAUGCCUCAGAUCUCGAACAACAAAUCACUGCAUUGUUGGCGUCAGACAGCUCCGAUGAGGAGUUACAAAUGUCAUUGGCAGAUAUCAUCGGCUUUGAUGACCUGGACUUUGUUAUUGAGCUCAUCUCGCAUCGAAAAGAAAUCUUGAGUGGCCCUUCUGCUACCAGUCGUCAGACAGAUGGAUUGUUCGGUGGUCUUCAAACCCGCAAGGAGCGAGAUGCUACCUUGCGACAGCAAGACUACGAACACAAACAUGCAACUAUCGCUCCUGCUUAUGACAGAUCCGGUCCUAAAUAUCCUCAUGUCUACAAGUCUGAUAUGGCAGCAGCAGGGAAUAUGCUCGAUGCUGCUGGACGAAGAUAUGCACUACCUGUGGGUUCCACUCAUUCCGAUCAUCCCAAGUAUGAGGAAUAUUCAAUUCCUGCGGCCAAGGUAGGUUCGUUAGCUGUUGGGCAGAAGCUGGUCGCCAUCGACGAAAUGGAUGGACUCUGUCAACGCACAUUCAAAGGAUAUAAGACUCUCAAUCGCAUGCAGAGUCUUCUAUACCCUGUCGCAUAUACCACUUCGGAGAACAUGCUCAUUUGUGCUCCUACUGGUGCUGGUAAAACUGACGCGGCCAUGCUGACGAUCUUGCAUUGUAUAUCGAAAAAUGUCGUCCCCAAUCCUAUUGAUGAACCUGAUGCCAAAGAUUUCGUUGUCAUGGCAGAUGAUUUCAAGAUUAUCUAUGUUGCUCCGAUGAAGGCCCUCGCAGCCGAAGUCACAGAAAAACUAGGUCGUCGAUUGGCCUGGCUUGGGAUUCAAGUUAGAGAAUUAACUGGUGAUAUGCAGUUGACGAAAAAGGAGAUCGCUGCUACCCAAAUCAUCGUGACCACCCCCGAGAAAUGGGACGUUGUAACAAGAAAAAGUACAGGAGAUACUGAACUUGUGCAAAAGGUUCGCCUUUUGAUCAUUGAUGAAGUUCAUAUGCUACACGACGAACGUGGUGCGGUCAUUGAGUCUCUGGUUGCCAGAACCGAGCGACAAGUCGAAAGCACCCAAUCAUUGAUCAGAAUUGUUGGACUGUCUGCCACUCUUCCCAAUUAUAUCGAUGUGGCAGAUUUUCUCAAAGUCAAUCGCAUGGCUGGUCUCUUUUAUUUCGACGCGUCAUUCAGACCUGUUCCGCUCGAACAACAUUUCAUAGGCGUCAAAGGCAAAGCCGGAAGCAAAACAUCGCGCGACAACAUUGAUCAUACAACAUUCGAGAAACUCAAAGAACUACUGAAGCAAGACAAACAAGUCAUGGUCUUUGUCCAUUCAAGGAAGGACACCGUUCUUACUGCUCGAAUGCUUUACUCAAUGGCUGUUGACGAUGGCUGCGCCGACCUAUUCCAACCUGAACCAGAUGACCCAGCUUACCUGAGAGCCAUGUCUGACCUGAAGACUACGCGUGGUAGAGAGCUUCGUGACAUUAUUCCAAAGGGCUUUGGUUGCCACAACGCGGGCAUGGCACGUUCUGACCGCAAUUUUGUGGAGAGGAUUUUCUCGGAAGGUGCAAUCAAAGUUCUUUGCUGUACUGCAACUUUGGCAUGGGGUGUCAAUUUGCCUGCUGCCGCUGUUGUUAUCAAAGGAACUCAGCUUUACAGUGCAGAAGCAGGUAAAUUCGUUGACCUCGGAAUUCUGGAUGUUCUUCAAAUAUUUGGUCGAGCAGGUCGUCCGCAAUUCCAAGAUAGUGGUAUUGGCUUUAUUUGUACCACACACGACAAGUUACAACAUUACCUGAGUGCUGUUACUCAACAACAACCCAUCGAGUCAAAGUUCUCUCAGAGACUUGUUGACAAUUUGAAUGCUGAGAUCAGUCUCGGAACGGUGACAUCAAUUCCAGAAGCAAUCACUUGGCUAGGUUAUUCGUACUUGUUUGUUCGGAUGCGUCGCAAUCCUCAGGCUUAUGGUAUCGACUGGAACGAAUUCCAAGAUGACCCUCAAUUAGGCCAGAGAAGACGCAAAUUGAUCGUGGAUGCCGCAAGAACUCUGCACAGAAGUCAAAUGAUCAUCUUCAACGAGCGCACGGAUGAGCUCCGUGCUAAAGAUGUCGGUCGAAUAGCCAGUCAAUUCUAUGUCCUUCAUAGUAGUAUUGAGAUCUUCAAUACUAUGAUGAGACCACAAGCUAGUGAAGCGGACAUUCUCAAAAUGAUCAGUAUGAGUGGAGAGUUUGACAACAUACAGUCGAGAGAAAAUGAAGCUCAAGAACUCAACAGACUUCGAAAGGAGGCAGUCGUGACCGAGAUCGAAGAUCGAAAGGCUGGCACUCAGGGUUCGAAAGAUGAAAAGGAGCAGAGAAUCAUUGAGAACCACGCGAAAACCAACAUUCUUCUUCAAUCCUACAUCUCCAGAGCCAAAUUAGAAGACUUUGCAUUGGUGUCAGAUCUGGCUUAUGUUGCACAAAAUGCAGCGAGAAUUUGUCGAGCCCUCUUUAUGAUUGCCCUUAAUCGGGGUUGGGGGUAUCAAUGUCAAGUUCUGUUGUCAAUGUGCAAAGCGAUCGAAAAGCAAAUUUGGCCAUUCGAACACCCUUUCCAUCAGUUCGACCUUCCAAUGCCUGUCUUGAAGAACCUUGAUGAAAAGGCACCUUCUUCCAAUAUCGAAAGUUUGAGAGAAAUGGAACCUGCGGAGAUUGGAAGUUUGGUACAUAACCAAAAGAUGGGCAACACUAUAUCAAGACUUCUUGAUAACUUUCCGCUAAUCACAGUAGAGGCUGAAAUAGCCCCACUCAAUAGGGACGUUCUCAGAAUGAAGCUCUUUCUUUAUCCGGAAUUUGUCUGGAAUGAUCGCCAUCAUGGUACAUCAGAGUCAUACUGGGUUUGGGUUGAGAACUCGGACAAUUCUGAAAUCUACCAUCACGAGUAUUUCAUCCUAAGCAGAAAGAAGAUGCACGACAGCCAUGAACUCAACUUUACUAUCCCAUUGGCAGAUCCCCUUCCAUCACAAAUAUACGUUCGAGUCAUCUCAGAUCGUUGGUUGGGAGCUGAGACAGUACAGCCCGUGUCAUUUCAACACCUCAUUCGUCCAGACACUGAGAGUGUUUACACUGAUCUACUUGAUCUACAACCUUUGCCUAUCGCAGCACUGAAGAAUCCACUUCUUGAAGAAUUGUAUGGCCAAAGAUUUCAAUUCUUCAAUCCCAUGCAAACUCAAAUCUUCCAUACCCUCUAUCACACGUCAAAUAAUGUGCUUCUUGGCUCUCCGACUGGCUCGGGCAAGACUGUUGCUGCAGAAUUGGCAAUGUGGUGGGCAUUCAGAGAACGACCAGGUAGUAAAGUGGUUUAUAUUGCACCAAUGAAGGCUCUAGUUCGUGAACGAGUACAAGAUUGGCGCAAGCGUCUUGUAGGACCUAUGGGUCUGAAAUUAGUCGAAUUGACUGGUGAUAACACUCCUGACACAAGAACAAUCCGUGAUGCAGACAUCAUCAUUACCACCCCAGAGAAAUGGGACGGCAUUUCUCGAUCAUGGCAGACGAGAGGUUACGUUAGACAAGUGUCUCUGGUGAUUAUUGACGAGAUUCAUCUGCUAGGCGGCGAUCGUGGCCCUAUUCUGGAAAUCAUUGUUUCACGUAUGAAUUACAUCGCGGCUCAAGCUGAGGCUGGAUCUAUUCGCCUGGUUGGAAUGUCUACUGCUUGUGCAAAUGCAACAGAUCUGGGCAAUUGGUUGGGAGUCAAGCCUGGCAAUAAUCAAGGCCUGUUCAACUUCAGACAUAGCGUUCGCCCAGUUCCGUUGGAAAUCUACAUCGACGGCUUUCCCGAACAAAGAGGAUUUUGUCCACUCAUGCAAAGUAUGAAUCGACCAACCUACCUGGCUAUCAAGAAUCACAGCCCCAACAAGCCAGUAAUCGUCUUUGUUGCAUCUCGUCGACAGACUCGUCUCACUGCUAAAGAUCUGAUCAAUUUCUGUGGAAUGGAGGAAGACCCUCGUCGUUUCCUCCAUUUCGACUCGGAAGAUGACCUUGCGCAUACACUUUCGGCGGUCAAAGAUGAAGCUUUGAAGGAGGCUUUGGGCUUUGGUAUUGGACUCCAUCAUGCUGGUCUGGUAGAGUCUGACCGAACCAUGUCGGAGCAGCUGUUCGCUGCGAAUAAAAUCCAAAUUUUGGUUGCUACGUCCACCCUCGCAUGGGGCGUGAAUCUACCAGCACACCUUGUCGUUGUGAAGGGAACACAGUUCUUCGAUGCCAAGAUUGAAGGAUACAAAGACAUGGAUUUGACUGAUGUUCUACAAAUGUUGGGUCGAGCCGGUCGUCCACAGUUCGACACAUCUGGAAUUGCGCGUAUCUUCACUCAAGAUGCGAAGAAGGCAUUCUACAAGCAUUUCCUCCACACUGGCUUCCCCGUCGAAAGCUCCUUGCACAAAGUCCUGGACAAUCAUCUGGGCGCCGAAGUCUCAGCUGGAGUAAUCACCACUAAACAAGACGCGCUUGAUUAUCUGACAUGGACGUUCUUUUUCCGUCGCCUACACAAAAACCCUACAUACUACGGACUCGAAAUCUCAGCAGAGGAACACAGAGAGAGCCAAUUAACCGCUCAGCAACUUGCAGCUGACUACAUGAUCACACUCGUUGAUAAAUCCAUCGAAGAUCUAGCUGAGAGCGACUGUGUACUGGUGCAUAGCAAUGGUGACGUCGAUAGCACACCCUUUGGCAAGAUCAUGUCAUACUACUACCUCUCGCACCUAACGAUUCGAAAAUUCCUAUCCAAAGCCCGCAAGACCACUACCACGACCUUUGCCGACGCAUUAGCUUGGAUCAGCUCCGCGACAGAAUUCGACGACCUUCCUGUCCGCCACAACGAGGAUCUUAUCAAUGCGGAGCUCGCCAAGAAUCUACCUCUCGACACUGUCGGUCUACUGGACGGUAUGCCAAUGUGGGAUCCGCACGUCAAAGCCUUCCUGCUACUCCAAGCUUUCAUGUCGCGCAUUGACCUGCCGAUCACCGACUACGUCGGCGACCAGACCAGCGUACUAGACCAAGGUAUUCGCAUUAUUCAAGCUGGCAUCGACGUGAUGACGGAGCUGAACAAAUAUGAUGCCGUCGUCCAGAUGGUCACCCUCCUCCAAUGCAUCAAAUCAGCCCGCUGGCCAGAAGACUACCCGCUCAGCAUCUUGCCAGGUGUUCACGAGAUCGCCGACCCAGGCUUAAACGGUAAGGUCCCUACUGACCUGGUUACCACUGCUGUUGUUGCGCACCGCCACGGCUCCAAGACCAUCGACGGUCUUAUGAACCUGCUGAAAAUCAAAUCCGCCAGCAUGCGAUCUCAAUUUGUCAGAGCAGUCAAUGCACUCCCCGAUAUCACAUUGGCAGCUAGCGGAGACACGGAGACGCUGCAAUUGACGAUGAAGCGCGGAAAUCGCAUUCCGAACGCCGAGGCAAGAAUCUUCGCGCCCAAAUUCCCAAAACCACAGACUGAAGGAUAUUUCGUCAUUGUGUUACCAACAGGUGCGACGCCUGAAGCGAGGAAUCAAGAUGUUCUGGCGCUGAAGAGAGCGAAUUGGUCGAGUGUGACGACCGCAACGGCUGCGACUCGUGGUGGUAGUGGAAGUGGAAGUGGGCGAGUUGGGCAGAGUAGGGUCAGCGGCGUCAGUCAUGUGAAACUGAAGCUUCCAGAAACGCUUGUGGGCAAGAGGGCGGGCACGGAGGUGAAAGUCGAUAUCAUCGUGUUUAGCGAUGCUUAUCCAGGCAUGCAGUGGAAGUUGGAGAAUGUGUCGGUCGCGGUCGCUGUGAGAAAACAGGAGGCUGUGCAGACGAUGGAGUUAGAGGGUAUUAUUGAUGAGAGUCUACUGAAGAAGGGAAAGGGCAAAGCUGCUUAA